AUGCCUGAGAAGAGUUUCAGGGACUCACAACCAGACUCAAGGCUCUUAAAGACUUAUAUAAACCCAACAUGGAAACUGAGCAAGUAUGUCAGUGAGUUCAAGGAGUUUUGUGAGUUCUGGGAUCAGACCAUGAAGGAGGUUGCGAAGGCUGCGAGGGAUGCAUUAUUAACUCUGGUGACCUAUAAGCACUGUGUGAAGCGCUUCAAGGAUAUAACUGCAAACUCUGAUCACCGCCCUCUGUGUUUGUAUUCUGGGGGUUUGGGGGAGAACGUCAAAAGAAAUUUUAGAUUUGAGGAAGCCUGGACUAGGGAUGAGCGUAGUAAACUGGUGGUUGACUUUGCUUGGAAGUCUGUUUCCUUUCCUUGGGCUCCAGCCAGAAUCUUUAAGAAGAUUGGGGCUACUCGGGUUGCUCUUAUGCAUUGGAAUAGAACCCAGUUUGGUAAUUUAGAUGUCCGACUCUGUGAUCUCGAAAAAAGACUGGAUUGUAUUCAGAAGCGGCCUGCGGGAUCUAGAGAUUGGGAAAUGGAAAGGGAGCUUCGAUUAUCUCUUAAUGAGGCCCGGGCUAGGAAAGAAGUGUAUUGGAAACAAAGAGCUAGAAUUUCCUGGCUGAAAGAUGGGGACAAGUGCACUAAAUUCUUUUUCCUGUCGGCUUCUAUCAAAGGCCGAAGGAAAGCCAUUGAAAGCAUCCUCAAUAAAGAUAAUGUGUGGAUAUCCAAAAGGGAGCUGAUUGGGAAAGAAUUCAUGGAAUUCUUCCAAGGCAUCUUUAGGGGUUCUGAUAACGUGAUUACUCCUAAUUGUACUGACCUUGUCCGGAAUCGCCUGUCCUUGGAUGAACAGACUGACCUCACCAGAAAGCCUUCUCUUGAGGAAAUACGAACUACACUGUUUGCUAUGAGCAGUGGCAAAGCUCCAGGCCCAGAUGGUAUGUCGGUUCUGUUCUUUAAACACUACUGGGAAUCGGUGGGGUUUGACUUCUGUGAUGCAGUUUCCAACUUCUUCACAUCUGGGCGUAUGCACAAAGGAAUUAAUGCCACUAAUAUCGUCCUGAUCCCCAAGGUGCAGAACCCGAAAAGACCUAACCAUUUCCGCCCAAUUUCUCUGUGCAAUGUGGUCUACAAGGUAAUCUCUAAGAUAAUUGCAAAUAGGAUCAAGCCUUUGCUUCCUCAGAUUAUAUGCCCUACCCAGGCUGCUUUUGUCCCAGGAAGAGCUAUUCAAGAUAAUAAUGUGAUAGCCCAGGAAAUAAUUCACUCCUUUAAUAGAAAGAAAGGCAAAGAAGGUUUGUUUGCAAUCAAGAUAGAUCUAAUGAAAGCUUAUGACAAGAUGAGCUGGGGAUUUAUUGAUCAUGUUAUGGAAUGCUUUGCGGUUCCCCAAGAGUUCAGAUCUUGGGUUUCUCAAUGCAUUGCCACCACCUCCCUUAAUGUCUGCCUGAAUGGAGGAUCUGUUGGAAAGAUCAUUCCCUCUUGCGGUCUCAGGCAAGGCGACCCCUUGUCCCCUUACCUGUUCAUCUGGGGUGCGGAAAUUCUUUCUAGACUUCUAGAGGAUGCCCUCCACUCGAAAACCAUUAGUGGAAUCAGGUUAAGUAGGGGAGGCCCGACGCUAACUCACAUUUUCUUUGCGGAUGACCUAAUCCUUGUGGGUAAAGCCAAUUUAGAGGAGGCCAAAGGCUAUUGGGAUUGCAUUGAAAAGUUUUGUGCUUGGUCAGGCCAAAAGGUAAAUAAAAUGAAGACCUCUAUUUUCUUUAGUAAAAACACCCCUAGUGCCAUGAAGCAGAGGAUCAAGGAAACGCUGGGAAUUGGAUCACCAGAAGGUAACGUUAAGUACCUAGGGCUCCCUUUAUUCAGAUCAAGACAAAAAGACGCUGAUUUUAACUUCAUCCUGGAUAAUCUGACGGAGAAACUUCAUGGUUGGAAGGCAAAGACGCUCUCGAAAGCAGGGCGAGCGACUCUUAUAAAGUCGGUGGGGUUAUCUUUGCCUCUGUACGCUAUGCAAACAACCAAGUUGUCUAACCGACUUGCAACUAAGGUUGAUGGGCUGGUGCGAGAUUUCUGGUGGGGCUCGGAGAAGGGGAACCGUGGUUUGUACCUUAAAGCCUGGGAUAAACUUUGCCUUCCUAAGUCGUUAGGAGGCCUAGGAUUCCGCAAAUCCAAAGAAAUGAAUCAGGCUUUCCUUGCUAAAUGGGGAUGGAACCUCCUUUCAGGUAACCAAUCUUUAUGCUGCCGUAUCCUCGAAGCCAAAUACCUGAAGGGCAAGUCCUUCCUAGAGUGUGAUCCGAAGCCUUCUGAUUCGUGGUUUUGGAAAAAUGUGACUAAGUCCAAAUCUAUUAUUCGAAAAGGUGCUUGUAAGCGUGUUACUAAUGGCCAGGAGACGAACAUCUGGUCUGAUCCUUGGAUUGCUCACCUAAAAGGUUUUACUCCCAAGCCGGUGGGGCGGGUUCUGAAUAGGGAGUCAAAGGUUGCUGAGUUAUUUCAGCCUAAUGGUGGAUGGAACAUCCAAAAGCUUAAUUGUUUUUUCGAUCGUAAUACUGUCUCUGCCAUCCUCAAGGGAGGAAAUCCUACCGGCACGGGCAAAGACAGCUGGUUCUGGACCUUGGAAAGUAAUGGUCGUUUCUCCUGUAAAUCAGCCUAUCGUGCUCUGGCCGAGGAGAGAGUGAGUCCAAUUGAGGUGGCCCCCUCCAUGUGGAAUAAACUAUGGAAUUGCAAAAUACCUGAGAGGCUCAAGGUUCUUUGGUGGUGUAUUCUUUCUAAAGCUCUUCCGAUCCGCUCGGUUAUAAGUAGGAGAUUUCCUAUCGAAGAUGAGAGGUGCCCCUUGUGUGGAACGGAAGUAGAAACUAUGGAGAACCUUUUCCUAUCUUGUAACUUCGCUUUUCACCUUUGGCGAUCCUCUCCUUGGGUUUUCUUUUGCAGACCAUCAUGCUCUCUUGCUCCCUUGCCCCAUACCGUGUCCGACAGAGGUGUGGCGCCCCCCCCCCCCCCACAGGAUUGGUUGAAGCUGAACUGUGACAUCAGAGUGGGGUUGGAUAGCAUGUGUGCGGCUGUGGUUGCAAGGGAUCAUGUUGGCAAGGUGAUCUGGGUGGUUACUUCUAAGAUGGAUUUUUCCAAUGCUCUCUGUGGGGAAGCAAUGGCGUGCUGUCUGGCCCUUCAGGAAGCGAAAGUUCGGGGUGUCAAGUUUCUUAUUCUGGAGAGUGAUUCGAGAGUGGUGAUCAAUGCGCUCAAUGGGAAGGAGUCCCGGUGGGAGCUUGAUAACUUCGUCUCCUUUUGUAAAAUCACCUCCCCUUUCUUUAUUGGUUGUAUGUUUGAUUAUGUUAGUAGACGCUGUAAUUUUAUGGCCCAUAAUGUGGCUAAGUGGGCGUUUUCUCAUCAGAGGUUCGGCAUUGUGCCUCUAUCCUCUUUGCCCGAAACUAUACUUUGUAAUGACCGUGAGGUCUGA